GCCGCCGCUGUGUGGCUCGGGGAAGCCGUGCGGCUGGGAACCUCAGACGGAACCGGGAAGAUGUUGGCGGUCCGCUUCGGCCUGGGCAGGGGCGCUUCGGCUCUGCGGGGCUCCGGUGCCGCGGCGACGGCGCGGUAUGCCCAGACUGCAGCUGCUCCAGCUCCUCAGCCCAGGAUCAAAAAGUUCCAGAUUUACCGCUGGGACCCGGACACACCUGGUGACAAACCACGCAUGCAGACAUAUGACAUCAAUCUCAACACAUGUGGCCCAAUGGUUUUGGAUGCCCUCAUCAAAAUAAAGAAUGAGAUGGACCCCACUCUCACCUUCAGACGCUCCUGUCGAGAGGGCAUCUGUGGCUCAUGUGCCAUGAACAUCAAUGGAGGCAACACUCUGGCGUGCCUAAACAAAAUAGACACCAACACAAGCAAACCAACCAAAAUCUACCCUCUCCCACACAUGUACGUCGUCAAAGAUCUGGUGCCUGAUAUGAGCAACUUCUAUGCGCAGUACAAAUCCAUUGAGCCCUACUUAAAAAAGAAGGACGAAUCACAGGAAGGCAAAGAACAGUACCACCAGUCUGUGGAGGACAGGCAAAAACUGGAUGGCCUGUAUGAGUGCAUCCUCUGUGCAUGCUGCAGCACCAGCUGUCCCAGCUAUUGGUGGAACGGAGACAAGUAUCUGGGGCCUGCCGUCCUCAUGCAGGCAUAUCGCUGGAUGAUUGACUCUCGUGACGACUUCACUGAGGAGAGGCUGGCCAAACUUCAGGACCCUUUCUCUCUCUACCGCUGUCACACGAUCAUGAACUGCACAAAGACAUGUCCGAAGGGACUGAACCCAGGGAAGGCCAUUGCAGAGAUCAAGAAAAUGAUGGCGACGUACAAGGAGAAGAGAUCAACUAUUUCAUGAAUGUUUGGAAAAUGCAAAUACCUCAAUUCCACCCCAUUAUACCUCCUUGUGAGAAGGGAGUGCAGCACAGAGAAGGAACAAGAGAUAUUUUGAUACACUACAAAACAUCCGUGCAGUGGUUUAUUGUUCUGUGUCGCUAUAACAUCAGAAAAACGCAACGCUCCAGACCUCAGUUUAAAUUAUUGCAAUUGAAGUAAUUCUACUGUACAAUCUUGGAAAGGGAAAUGUAAAAAUUGUGUUCACGCUUUAAAUACUUUUUAUUCACAUAUUAAUAAAACUGUGUUGUGCCUAGUGUUGAACUUAAAAGAAUUCGUUCCACGAGAAAACGAGAGCAUCUAGUAGAGACUGUUGAACAUCUCAUAGAGACCGCUUUAGUACCGUGUCAGUAGUAAGCCAGGCUGGCAAGCGUAUCUUUGCAUCAGAGGCUCUUCCUGUCAUCUUAUUUUGAGUGGUAACCCACAGAAAUAUGCACACACGUGUGUGUGUGUGUGUGUUUGUGUGGGUCCAUAUGUGUGUGAUUGGGUGUGCAGUUGAAAAUGACUGGUGUGAGGGCACAAUACUGAUUAUAAAACUAAAUGUACCUGCACCAUUUUCUUAACAUUAUGUUCAUUUAUUUUUCUAUAAUUUUAGUGGUAUUUCAAUCAAACAAAUGUAAGCCAAACAUCUACCAGUGCACCCGCGUUACCGCCGCUGCAGUUGAAUACAUUUAUGAGCCAAAAAAAAGAAAAAUAAAUGGACCAAAACUUCCAUCACUCAUCUUCACAGUGGAAAAAUAUCCCUAAUCGUAUUAAUAAUGUUUUUAGCAGGCAAGUGUUUGGAGAGACAAAACGGUGAUGGAGGGGACUGGUUUGCAUCUGAGUGGCUGGGUUUGGUUUGUCCAUAAACUUAUCGAGGCACCCCUGAUUUUGCAGAAGACGAUAGCCAUUUUCUUUCUUUAAAUUGUACACUGAUUUUCCACACAGGAUACAGAUGUUAGCUCUUCAACCCA